AUGCCCUUUGUUCUCACCUCGAGACUAGCUGUGUCUCGUGCGGCUUCGCCGUUCCGUCCUCACGCCCUUGGCUCACUUGCAACAUUCCAGUGCCAGCGCCAUUAUGGCCGUAUGCUUAAGACCAUUGUCUUCAAGCAUGUUACAAGUAUCGCCGAUGUUGUCCGCCCUACCAUAACGCCUGGGUUACGUUCGCUUCCGCAAGAAAUCAACAAGCUGACAAAGUCAUUUGCACCUACCCAUACCCAGGAGUCGAAAUAUGGGGCCCAGACAGCUCUAGAGAAAGCUGCAGAAGCUCCGGAGGACGAUAUAUCUACCGAGCCGUAUUCACUCACUGCCAUCGACACUAAUAUCCAAUCGCAGGUUCGCUCGCUUAUGCGUUUGGUCCCUCACGCAGUCGCAAUAAUAACAUCUACAUUCCCAAAUAAUGACGCUGGUUCUGCUUUUCGAGGAAUGACUGUAUCAUCCUUUAACACUGUAACGUUAUACCCAGAUCCAAUUGUGUCCUUCAACGUGAAAAUGCCAUCAGAAACAUAUGAUGCGAUCCUCUCGUCACAGCGGUUUUUGGUUCAUCUGUUAUCGUCGAACAAGGCCACAGCCAGACUAGCGAGGGAGUUUUCAAGAGGCCAUGAAAAUAUUUUGCUUGAGGAUAAAAAAGGCACGUUUAGGUUUGCGUCGCUGAGCUCGCCCCACAAUUUGCCCGCGAUUUCAGAAGGCGAACCGCCGCGACUCGUUAUUCAAGGAGAGGAAGCAAGCAUUACUGCGGAUAAUGGCUCUCUACCUAAUUUUCCGUUUAUACUAGAGUGCAGAUAUCAUCCCUCGAGCAUUCGAGUUGGAGACCAUGUAGUUGUCCUUGGCACGGUCAUGAAGAUAUGUUGCGAGCAAUCACAGAGGCAGCCACAACAAUCUGAAACAUAUCAUUCUACAAAUGAACUAUGCCUUACAUACGCGGACACUCGCUUUUGGAAGAUCGGUGAACCAGUCACUCCCUUACCACGAGAAGGGGAGCCAUGA